AUGGUGACAAAUUCUCUGUACGAUCCAUUAGGAUUCGUUCUCGCAGCAAAGAUACUGCUGCCAGACACUUGUGCUCAAGGUCUUGGAUGGGACGAGCCAGUUGGAAGGGCUGAGGAAUUCAGAUGGAGACAAUGGUUGGAAGAGUUACCUCAACUUUCUGACAUCUCCAUCGACAGAAGUUUGAAACCAAAGACUGAUAAAGAUAUCAGGACCUAUAAACUCCACGUCUUCUGUAAUGCCUUUCAACGAGGGUACGCAGCGGUGACUUACCUGCGGACAAUAGACACAGCUAGCGAUAUUCAUUGCAGUUUUUUCUUCGGCUUGACCAGACUUUGUCCCUUGAAGGUUAUGACGAUCCCAAGGCUAGAACUCUCGGCAGCAGUACAAGCAUGUUCUUUAAGUGAGACAAUGAGAAGAGAUCUCAGGCUGCCUGACAUGUCAACUACAUUCUGGACGGAUUCCACCUCAUUCCUCCAGUAUUUGAGGAACGAGAGCAGGAGAUUCCACACCUUUGUGGCAAACAGAACCUCAAAGAUUCAAGAUGUGUCAGACCCCUCGCAGUGGAGACACGUGGAUACCAAGGCCAAUCCUGCGGACGAUGGAUCAAUAGGAGUCCCAGUCAGGCAGUUGACUCGUUGGGUCAAAGGGCCGGAAUUCCUAUUGAAUGAAAGAGACACAUGGCCAGUGAAUCUAGUUAUGUAA